GGCUGUUCUCCGAGUAAGAGUCGGUGAAGAGCCCGAGCUCCCGAGGGAACACCGAUUCGGGUUCGGUCUCAGAAUCGCGGCGGGAGUUGGCCAUCGGGCGGAGGGAGGACGGGCCCCAGGACCACGGCCAGCGCUCGGACCCGGGCUCGGUGCGGGGUGCAGGAUGAGAGCCGCGGUCCGUCCAGGCUGCCCCGUGGCACCCGGCCCCGCCUCCCCAAUUUACCCUGCUUCCUCCAGUUGGACUUCCUGGAGGUGAUGAGGGACCGAGCCCCGCUUCCAAGAGCACACCCCACAGGACCCACAUAGGACCACUCAGGUCAGGCCAGGCUGACGCGGCCUGAGACCAGGGCGGAGGAGAACCCGGGCUCGAGACCCACCGUGUCUCCGGGUGGAGGCGAGCCCCCAAAUCCCCGUCACUGCGGGGCACACUCAUGGCCGUAACCAGCCCAGAGACCCGGACCAGGCAGGGCCUCAGGAAAGAGGCCGGGACCCCCGGGUCGGACCCUCCAGUCCCGAGAAAGAUGAGCCCGGGAGAUGCGCUCUGCCCUCGCGGACCUCCCAGAACAGCUCAGCCGAAUUUGUCCCUGCGCCUUUAAGAGGCGGGGUCUGCUUUCGUCAUCAUCCCGCGCCCCGGACCUCCAGUCUCCACGUGGACUCUGAGGAAGCCAGCGAGCCAGCAUCAUGGCGGGAGCGGAGGCUGGGAAUGCGGCGGUAGCCGAGGCCCCGCAGCCUCAGAAGCGCUACUACCGCCAGCGCGCACACUCCAACCCCAUGGCGGACCACACGCUGUGCUACCCUGUAAAGCCAGAGGAGAUGGAUUGGUCUGAGCUAUACCCAGAGUUCUUUGCUCCACUCACUCAAAAUCCGAGCCAUGAUGACCCGAAGGACAAGAAAAAGAAGCAAGCUGAGGCUCAAGUGGAGUUUGCAGACAUCGGCUGUGGUUAUGGUGGCUUGUUAGGUCUGUGGCCUUUGCCCUGGAGAAGGUGGGGGAGGCUACCUCAAGUCCCUCUUAGAACCUGGGUUGUCCUGUCUGGCUCCAGUUCCUGCAUGAGCCAUUUCACCUGCUCUGUGCUGGUGGAACUGUCUCCACUCUUCCCUAACACUCUGAUUCUGGGUCUGGAGAUUCGGGUGAAGGUGUCGGACUAUGUACAAGACCGGAUUCGGGCUCUACGUGCAGCUCCUGGAGGUGGCUUCCAGAAUAUUGCCUGUCUCCGCAGUAAUGCCAUGAAACACCUUCCUAACUUCUUCCGCAAGGGCCAGCUGACAAAGAUGUUCUUCCUCUUCCCUGACCCACAUUUCAAGCGAACAAAACACAAGUGGAGAAUCAUCAGUCCUACACUGCUGGCAGAAUAUGCCUACGUGCUGAGAGUUGGGGGCCUGGUAUAUACUGUAACAGAUGUGCUGGAGCUACACCAGUGGAUGUGCACCCACUUUGAAGGGCAUCCACUGUUUGAGCGUGUGCCUCUGGAGGAGCUGAGUGAAGACCCAAUUGUGGGACAUCUAGGCACUUCAACUGAGGAAGGAAAGAAAGUUCUACGCAAUGGAGGAAAAAAUUUCCCAGCCGUCUUCCGAAGAAUACAGGACCCCAUCCUCCAGGCAGUGACCUCCAACCCCACUGUGCCUGGUUACUGACUGCUCAACCCAUCUUCCAGAGACCGGAAAGGAGACCACCACCUCCACCCCAGCUGUGAGACUGGGCUCUCUCCAAGAAGUUGGGGUACAGCCUGUGUUCAUGCCAUUCCUGGCUCCUCUUACCUUCUGGCCCCUCCCCUGCCAACAGAAAACAGAGCUGACUGGGAAGGUCAAAGGACCUUGGACCAGAGGAAUCUUUGGAGAGGUGUGGGGUCUUGACCUCCCCCAGCACUGUCCUCUUGUUUCUCCUCAGCUAGAGAGAAGAAUGCAAUGGUCCACUUUCUGAACUGUCUGCUUGGCUCAAAUGUACCAUCGCUUAUGUUUACUUUGCAGUCCUGAGGAUAAGAUGUGCAUGCCCACGUGCCCAUGCUGCUAUUUCUCAGGAAAGACCUGGGUGUGUAUCACAUGCCUCCUCUCAUCUGCCUACCUUCAACUGACCUGGGCAAUCUGUGUUCCCUUUAUUGUCGCUGUCACUGGAGGGCAAGGGAGCAGAGACCCUCACUUUUUUCAUAUUGACCUUUGAUUGCUGAACUUCAGGACUGACUGGCACACAGCCUAAUUAGGGUGAUGAGAGGACUGUUAAGGGAGGGGAGGACGAGGGGAGAAGUAGAGAACUAAACUGGAGGAGUCUUAUUUUUUAUUUUUUUUGUUUUUCAAGGUAGGGUCUCACUCUAGCCCAGGCUGACCCGGAAUUCACUAUGGAGUCUCAGGGUGGCCUUGAACUCUGGGCAGUCCUCCUACCUCUGCCUCCCAAGUGCUGGGAUUAAAGGCGUGCGCCACCACGCCUGGUUUUAUGUGUUAUUUAGUAUACGUAGUUUGUGUAUGUGAAUUGUGUAUGUGGUGCAUGCAUGUUUGUGUGCAUAUACAUGUGCACAGACACACACGUGUGAGGAAUGCAGAGAAUAUCAGGUGUUCUUGCUGUCUUUUGGUUAGACUGGCUGACCAGUGAACCUCAACGAUACUGUCUGCCCAACUCAGGGCUGAGGUUACAGACAUGUGUGACCAUGCCCAGCUUUUGCAUGUGGCUUUGUAUGGUCGCUAGGGAAUUGAACCCUGGCUGGCAGGCUUCAUAAGGAAAUGCUUUUAACCACUGAACC